AUGGGUAUAUGUGCUAGCAAGUCAGAUCAAGGUCUAAGUACCAACACGAAACCUGUACAGACAGUCAGUGCAAGAAACAAUAAGACUGUGGUGAAUAAAAAGGUAACGAAACCAGUUAGUUCGGGCUCUAAACUAUCUGAUGCAAAUACUGAUUCGAAUCAAAAGAAUAUAUCACCUCAGGAAGCUGCAAGAUUAGCUGCACAGAAGAGGUUUGAUGAUAACAUUGAGAAAGAAACAAAAACUGAGCUAGGGAAGAAACUAGCUUCAGAGAGAAGUAAGUCACAAAAGACACAUGUGAUGGAACAGAUAGAGAAACAACAACUGGAAAAUAACAACAAACCAUUGGUAUAUGACUAA